AUCACGACGUUCGCGAUAGUCGCGACGGUCGCGGGCGCGCGCGCGCACCCGGGCCUCGUGCUCCUCAUGGGCGCGGCGAACCUCGUCGCCGACGCGCUCUCCAUGGGCAUCGGCGACUACCUGAGCGAGCGCGCCGAGGACGAGUACGUCACGUCGGAGUGGCGACGGGAGAAGGACGAGCUCAAAGACGGCGGCGCCGAGGCCAAGAAGGCCGCGCUCGUCGAGUCCUACGCGCGCGCGGGCCUCGCGCGGGCCGACGCGACGCGGUGCGUCGACGCGCUGGCCACCGUCGACGACGUGCUGGUCGCGCACACGAUGAUGACGCGGCUGCAGCUCAUUCCUCCCGACGAGUGGACGGACGCGGCCGCCGAGGAGGCGGCACCCGAGGAGGGCCUGAGUCUGGCGGCGAAGAAGGGCGUCACCACGGCCGCGUCCUUCGCCAUCUUCGGCGCGACGCCCCUCGUGGCCUACUACGCGACGGUGUCCCUCGCCGCCGCGCCGACGCCGGAGCUCAUGUUCGGCGCGUCCUGUCUCGUGACGACGUUCACGCUCGUGGCCCUCGGCGCGGCCAAGGCCCGCCUGACGGCGCAGCCCGCCUGGGAUUCAGCCCUGGGCAUGGUCGUCAACGGCGGCGCGGCGGCGCUCGCCGCGUACGUCAUAGGGCAUGUGCUCGAGGGCUUCCAGCACGACGACGGCGCCGUAUCAUCCCCCAGGCCCCGGCCGCCGCGGGAGGACACGUGCGCGAGCGGCGAUUGCAUCAAUGACGCCGCGCCGUCGCUCAUGUCGACGGUCUUCGGGUCGCUGGGCGUGUCCGCGGAGACGGCGUCCGUG